AUGGAGAUUUUCGAUCUGCAUCAUCCGUUGAUUCUGGUCUUUGGCAUCCUGGGUAACAUUGUGUCUACCGGUGUUUACUUUGCGCCACUGCCUACAUUUAUUCAAAUAUUGAAGCAAAAAUCCACAAUGGGGUUCCAGUCUUUGCCAUAUGUGGUGUCCAUGUUUAGCGCAUUGUUGUGGAUGUACUAUGCAUUUAUCAAAAAAGGCGACACUUUCCUUCUGAUCACAAUUAACGCUCUUGGUUCAUUAGUUGAGUUUAUUUACAUCAUCAUUUUCUUGGUAUAUGCUACACCUAGUGUCAAGAAGCAUACAAUUAUGGUUGUGAGUGCUACGAUGGUGUUGUGCAUUGUAAUAUCUCUGGGAUCGUUUUACUUCUUGGAAGGAGUGAGUCGGGCACUAGUUGUGGGUUGGAUUUGUGUUGGAGUUUCCGUUUGUGUUUUUGCAGCACCUCUUACCAUAGUGUUUCAAGUUGUGAAGACUAAAAGCAUCGAUUUCAUGCCAUUCCCAUUAUCAUGCUUCCUCACGUUAAGCGCCAUGAUGUGGUUUGCGUAUGGGAUGUUCACAUCUGACUUAUGUGUUACUGUUCCCAAUGUUCUAGGUUUUGUAUUGGGCAUAAUUCAGAUGUCAGUAUAUAAAUAUUACAAACAAAAUAGAAGAAAGGUGCCAGGCAUUCUAGAAGCAAAGGAGAAAGAACACAUAAUAAACAUAAAUACAUCCAAUUCGGAAGUAUACCCUGUGGAUUCUGGUCAGAGCAGCGCAACUGAAACCGAAGAAGAAAAGAAUACAACGAAGGGUGGUGGUGAAGUUAUUGAGCAUAAUAAGUGCAGGCCAAGGGCGACGGUGGAUGUUGAACCUUGUGGAGUGGAAGUAGUCACUAUCAGUGUGAAGCCUGUGCUCAUAAUUUGUACAGCUUAA